GACAAGCUCUCCUUGUCCCCUUUCGGGGAGUCGAUCUCGGAAUUGGAGCGAAGAGGAGAAGUAGGCGUCGCAGAGGCACGUGUGUCAGCAUGCUUAUUUGCACCGGAGACCAAGCUGGGGUUUUCCUGGUGGACGGGGCCAGACUCAGUAACACGACUCCCAGAAUACCUUUCCCGCAGCAGCCCCUAACGGGGCGUGUCUCGCGGUGGCGUUACACAAGCACGUUCUGAGCAAGGAAGGACUUUUCAGAUUCCCGUUUCCUGAAACAGAAACUGUUGAGGAGAAACGCUGUGUUUCCGGGAAUCAAGAAUCUCCCGAGUCAGACGUCUGCUCUGAAGUGCUUUUCUGAGUACCUCAGCCUUCAAGGGCCUUCUUUAUUGAGAAUCAAUGCCUCUCCUAGGUAAUUGAUCACCAUAGACCCAGGGAGACUCAAUUCAUCCUGGAGGGUGGGUAAUCGUCAUGAAUAAUCAAGAUGCCGUGGCUUCGAUACUGCAUGAGUGCAAGCAAGCGCUGGAUCGUCUCUUGUUAGAAACGCCAGAUGUGUCUACAGAGGACAAGAAUGAGGACCAGCGGUGCAGAGCCUCACUCCCUGGCGAGUUAAGGACCCUGAUCCAGGAGGCAGAGGAAAUGAAGUGGCCCUUCGUGCCUGAAAAGUGGCAGUAUAAACAAGCCAUGAGCCCAGAGGACAAAACAAACCUGCAAGAUGUGAUUGGCGCCGGACUGCAACAGUUACUGGCGGCCUUGAGAGCCUCCAUCCUUGUCCGGGAUUGCGCUGCUGCCUCCGCUAUUGUCUUCUUGAUGGACCGGUUCCUGUAUGGACUCGACGUCUCGGGAAAACUCCUGCAGGUCGCCAAAGGCUUGCACAGGCUGCAGCCCGCGACGCCCAUCGCCCCGCAGGUGGUCAUCCGCCAAGCCCGGGUCUCCGUCAACUCAGGGAAGCUGUUGAAGGCAGAGUACAUCCUGAGCAGCCUGAUAAACAACAACGGAGCAACCGGCACCUGGCUGUAUAGGAACGAGAGUGACAAAGUCCUGGUACAGUCGGUCUGCGUACAGAUCAGAGGGCAGAUUCUGAAGAAGCUAGGCAUGUGGUAUGAAGCAGCAGAAUUGAUAUGGGCCUCCGUCAUAGGAUAUCUGACACUUCCUCAACCAGAUAAGAAGGGCAUUUCCACAUCACUGGGCAUACUGGCAGACAUCUUUGUUUCCAUGAGCAAAACAGAUUAUGAGAAGUUUAAGAAGAGCCCAAAGGUUAACUUGGCCCUGCUCAAGGAGUUUGACCACCAUUUGUUGUCAGCCGCGGAAGCCUGCAAGCUGGCAGCUGCCUUCAGUGCCUACACACCCCUGUUUGUGCUCAUGGCUGUGAAUAUCCGUGGCACGUGUUUGUUGUCAUACAGCUGUUCGGCAGACUGCCCUGCGGGAAUGAAAAGUGUGUAUCUGUGUGACGCCAAAGAAGCUUUUGAGAUCGGCCUCCUGACCAAGACAGAUGGCGAGCUGGUUAGUGGCAAGCAGGAGCUUCACAGCUUCAUCAAAGCUGCUUUCGGCCUUGCCACGGUGCACUCCAGACUCCAUGGCGAGACAGAUGCAGUUCGCGCAGCAAGGCAGCUAUGCCGUGAAGCUCUGAGCAAGCUCUACAUCUUCAGCACUUCCCCCACAAGCCAGGACAGAGAAGCCCUGUCUCAGGAAAUCAUGUCUCUCAUCAGCCAGGUGAAGGGACAUCUACGAGUUCAAAGCUUCCCAAAUUUAGAUGCUCGAUCUUAUGUCCCAGAGAGUUUCAAAUGUGGUUUAGAUCGACUCAUCCUGCAUAGACACGUGGAUUUCCAACAAAUUCUUGAAACCUAUUCCCAGCACCAUACUUCGGUGUGCGAGGUAUUUGAAAGCACUUGUGGGAACAGCAGAAGCAACCAGAGAGACACAAAAUCGGAGGUCUGUAUCACCACUCUGAAGACAGAAACACACACUGCAGAUACUACGGGUGCUACUCGAGAGAGGGCGGGUUCUCAAGACAGCAAGAGUUCAGCUUCUUCCAAAGUGUCUAAGAAAGAUCAAGGGAAGCUCCAAAGAGAAAGGGGGAGGAGCUGGACCCGUUCCAAGGCAUUCCGAGUCUCCCUGGACCUAGAUUUGGGGACUGAGACUGAGCCACCAAACUACAGCAAUGGCGGGACAGAUGUCUCCAACAAGACUCUGAGAGACAGCUCUAGCGCCAGUUCUUGGAGCAGACUGUCAGGGCUCAGCUCUUCCACAAGCUGGGAGGAAGUGAACUGCGCGGUUCAGGAUGCAGUGAGGAAAGAGUCUAGCCAAGAAGAGCAUCCUGUGGAUACUCAAUGCUCUACGGCAGCGUCUGAGGAGCCGGAGAGGGACAGAAGCUGCGGAGCUGCGGAUUUGUUGUCUCCAAAGCUCCGUGGUGUCUCUCUUCAGACAACUGGAGAUCACAACUUAGAGUCUUCACAAAGUCAGUUACACAACCACACGUCCCUCCUUCCUCUCAACACGACAGACACUUGUUUGGUCUUAGGUGCAGGGCUGGUAGAAACUCCUGAAGGAUCUAAGAAUACUUCUCUUCAGUCCUGUCAUUCAUGUGGUUCUGAUUCCUGGUCCUUGUCUAGUUCAGGCAGGUUCAUGGACGUGACCACGAAUCCUUCAGUUGAAGAAGAACCGUCUGGAAUAAUGGAUGAUUUCCCAGAAUCCAAGUAUGACUUUAAAGACUGGCAUGGAGAAAAGAAUGGGGGAAAACUCACUGAAAUAGGCACAGGGCCUGAAUUAACAUUUGCCCCCUCCUCGGUCAACCCAGAAGGAGAAACAGCAGAAAGCACAGACGAUGGACAAUCGCCCUCUCAGGUAGCCCUAGGAUGUUUAGAAAGCAGCCAUUCAACGUCUACAUGUAGGACUUUCUUCCCGGAUGGAUCGGUUCAAAACGCUGACUCAGCAAAGACUGGCUGCUCAGUCAGAGACCAGACUGUCGACCCCGAUGCCUCCACGGUGGAUGAGGGGGGCCAAAUGCUUGACAGCACAGAGGUCUGCUCCCCUGGCCAGGACAGCGCUCACAGACCACGUGCUUUGAGGUCCGGUCAGAGUGCUGAGGGGCCAAAGUCCUUUGGAAAGGGCUCCAGUCCUUCCCCUAUCUUCAAUGAGGACUUCAGCACCACAGAGGAAGGAGAGGAGCUUGGGAGUAUGCUGAAGAGCAGCCAGAACUCCAGCUCAUGCUGGUGGCUAAAAUCACCAGCCUUUUCCCGCAGUUCGUCCGACGGGGAAAGCUCCUGGUCUCUGCUGAACUCGAGCAGAAGUUCCUUCUCCUCGCUGACAGGUCAAACCAGUCAAGAGAUCCUGGAGGCUCGCACCCUACAGCCAGAUGACCUUGAAAAACUUCUGGCAGGCGUGAGGCACGAUUGGCUGCUUCAGAGACUAGAGAAUACAGGCGUUUUGAAGUCCAAUCAACUUCAACAAGCCCACAGUGCCCUUCUGCUAAAAUAUUCCAAAAAGUCUGAAUUGUGGACAGCCCAGGAAACUGUGGUGUAUCUGGGAGACUACCUGAAAGUGAAGAAGAAGGGCAAGCAGAGAAAUGCAUUUUGGGUCCACUAUCUCCAUCAAGAGGAAACCCUGGGGAGAUACGUUGGGAAAGAAUACAAAGAGAGGAAGGGGCUCCGGUACCACUUCACUGAUGUGGAGCGGCAGAUGACAGCGCAACACUAUGUGACAGAGUUUAACAAGAGACUCUACGAGCAAAAGAUUCCGACGCAGAUCUUCUACAUCCCCUCUACAAUAUUGCUGAUUUUGGAAGACAGGACUAUAAAGGGAUGCAUCAGUGUGGAGCCUUACAUACUGGGGGAAUUUGUCAAGUUAUCUAACAACACCAAGAUAGUCAAAAAUGAGUACAAAGCCACAGAAUACGGCUUGGCCUAUGGCCACUUUUCUUAUGAGUUUUCUAACCAGAGAGAUGUGGUGGUUGAUUUACAAGGUUGGGUGACUGGAAAUGGAAAAGGCCUCAUCUAUCUCACAGAUCCUCAGAUUCACUCUGUAGAUCAGAAAGAUGUCACUACAAACUUUGGAAAGCGGGGAAUAUUUUACUUCUUUAAUAACCAACAUGCAAGCUGUAAUGAAAUAUGCCAUCGUCUUUCUCUGACUAGACCUUCACUAGAGCAAACAAGUAAGAUAUAGGCUGUGGGUUGGGAGCUUAUCAAGCCUUCAGGAGCCUAGCAUCAGACCUGCCUCCUCCCAGGAGCAAGGCAGGUAUUGGCAUAUUGAUCGAUUGGGCCAACGGAUGAUUCUGGUCACUGACUUAUGAGGGGAAUUCACAAGUGUCGAUUUCAGGCCUACCCUUGCUUGCCAGGAAAAGAUCCUACAGACCUUGUACCCUCUGACACAGGGACAUGUCGGGAGACUGUCUUGGACUCUACAGUUGUGUAUGAUGUUUGAGGUCCUGAGUUGUAUGAAGACAAUAUGGAAAAGGACCCCAACCAACCCACAAUGGAUGCAAACCUCAGCUAAAAACAAACUGCUGUCAUUAAGCCAUUGUGAUUUUGUUUUGUUUUGUUGUUGUUUAGUAGGUUGGUUAUGGUUUUUUGUUGUUGUUUUUGGGGGGGGUUGUCUGUUUGGAGAGUUUUGGUCAUUAUUAAAACUGAUACUGUUGCUGCUUUCAUAUUAACUUGAGAGGUUUUUGUGAACUUAAAACAUCCAAACUCCUGGAAAGAUUUCAAAUUUUGUUUCUCCUUUUAUAUUUGCCAUUUUGUAAAACUGUUAUCCAUACGGACUUUUUUUUAAACUGAGCUGAUGUCACCAAUUUUUAUCUCAUGUUUUUGUGUGAUACCAGAUAUUUCUGUAUUCUGAGUUUCUUUCUGAUUCUCCCUUGCUUUCUUCUAGUGUAUUUCUAUCUAUGAAAGGUGUGAUAGAAGUGUGGUCACAUACCACAGGGUCACCACAGCCUAUUGCUUUCCCCAUACAUCUUCUUCACACAAGCUUGGUAAUUAUUAUUUCCUGCUGAAAGCAUUGUAUAAAUGCUCAGUGGUAACACACACAUUUAGGGUGUGUCUUCUCACCUGGGUUAACACAACCCAGGAACUCCCUUAUAGACAGUCUUAGAGCUUUGUCUCCUAGAUAUUUCUAAAUCUUGACUAGCUGACUAUCAAUAUUAACCAUCACAUACUGUGCUAAGGAAAUCUGGGAUGAAGGGUGGUCAUCAAGGAGUUCCACGAAGUUUGUGUAGAAGGAUGGACAGAGAACUGUAUAUCCUAGAAAGAAGACAAAGCAGAGGAACCAAGAGUGACAGAUUGGAGGGAUGUGACAGCCAAAAAUGUCAAGGAAGAGAGUGACAAGCAAAAAAAAGGAAAUGGGAAGGCAU